AUGGGUGAAACAAGAGACAACGACACUUACGAGGAGGAGCUUCUCGACUACGAAGAAGAAGAAGAGAAAGCACCCGACGCCGUCGGCGCUAAAGUUAACGGCGAAGCCGUUAAGAAGGGAUAUGUUGGAAUUCACAGUUCGGGAUUCAGAGAUUUCCUUUUGAAGCCAGAGCUUCUUCGGGCUAUUGUCGACUCGGGUUUUGAGCAUCCUUCUGAAGUGCAACAUGAAUGUAUCCCUCAAGCCAUCUUGGGGAUGGAUGUCAUCUGCCAAGCUAAAUCUGGAAUGGGAAAGACUGCUGUUUUUGUUCUGUCUACACUUCAGCAAAUUGAGCCUACCUCGGGACAAGUUAUUGCCCUUGUUCUAUGUCACACUAGAGAGUUAGCUUACCAGAUCUGCCACGAGUUUGAGAGGUUCAGUACUUACCUGCCUGAUACCAAGGUUGCUGUUUUCUAUGGUGGUGUCAAUAUCAAAACUCACAAAGAUCUACUGAAAAAUGAAUGCCCUCAUAUUGUUGUUGGAACACCUGGAAGGAUCCUGGCACUUGCUAGAGAUAAGGAGCUUUCUUUGAAGAACGUGAGGCAUUUUAUCCUUGAUGAAUGUGACAAAAUGCUUGAAUCACUUGACAUGAGGAGAGACGUUCAGGAGAUCUUCAAGAUGACUCCUCAUGAUAAGCAAGUUAUGAUGUUUUCUGCAACACUCAGCAAAGAAAUCCGUCCGGUUUGCAAGAAAUUCAUGCAAGAUCCAAUGGAAAUUUACGUCGAUGAUGAAGCCAAGUUGACUCUCCAUGGUCUUGUACAGCACUAUAUCAAACUGACUGAGCUGGAGAAAAAUCGCAAGUUGAACGAUCUUCUUGAUGCGUUGGACUUCAAUCAAGUUGUUAUCUUUGUUAAAAGUGUGAGCAGAGCAGCCGAGCUGAACAAGUUACUUGUGGAGUGUAAUUUCCCUUCAAUCUGCAUACAUUCUGGCAUGUCCCAGGAAGAAAGGUUGAUGCGCUACAAGGGAUUCAAGGAGGGUCAUAAAAGGAUUCUUGUUGCCACUGAUUUGGUUGGCAGGGGUAUUGAUAUUGAACGUGUCAACAUCGUUAUUAAUUAUGACAUGCCAGACUCUGCUGACACUUACUUGCACAGGGUUGGUAGAGCUGGUAGGUUUGGCACAAAAGGCCUUGCAAUUACCUUUGUAUCAUCAGCUUCAGACUCUGAUGUUCUUAAUCAGGUUCAAGAGAGGUUUGAGGUGGAUAUAAAGGAGCUUCCUGAGCAGAUAGAUACAUCUACAUAUAGUAUGGUGUACCAUGGUGAUUUGAAGUCUUCAACAAAACAAAGAUAUGGUUUUGAACUUUUGUAUGGUUCAGAUUCCAUCUUGCAAGUAGUAGUGAGCUUUCUAACUCGCUUGCUGCAAAGGGUCCUUGACUUUUAG